AUGGCAUUCGUACUUAUCGGUGUCGACAUUCUCUGGCGCCUCGUCCUCAUUGAGAAAAAAGUAGCAAUGCUUUAUGAAGAAACUGUACCACUCGGCGUAAAUGAGCAAGCUGAGGUCUCGCAGUCUCCUAACGCGGUCAGCACUGAUAAGGAAGAGAAAGAGGCAAAGCCCGAUAUUCCCAACCAUAAGGACACCAGAAUAGCAGGUUUCACAACAACGAAUAAGAAAUCUUCAAAACUACCCGCUGUCAUAACGCUCCUCCGUUAUCCCCGCCUUCUUGCUGCCCUGUGGGCAGGCAUGGCUGAAGCAACUCUUUUGACCUCUCUCGAAGCCUCUUUACCGCUCUAUACACAUGAGAACUUCCAUUUCGGCUCGGUUGGCGCCGGAUUGAUAUUCCUUGCUAUCGUAGUCCCUGCUUUAUUUGCGCCAUUGGUUGGAUGGGUGUGUGAUAAGUACGGCCAUCGAUGGAUCGUAACCAUGGGUUUCGUUCUCUGUUGUCCCUUCUUCGUCUUGCUGAGACUACCGACCGAUGAUUCAACGGGUAGUAUCGUAUUGAUGUGUGCUCUUCUAGCCCUACUGGGUGCAUCCUUCAUAAUGAUAACUCCACCAGUGAUGGCUGAGAUUACAUUCAUCCUUCAGGGGCUGGAGGAAAAGAAACCAGGCAGAUUUGGAAGUAACGGGGCCUAUGCGCAAGGUUAUGGCUUGUAUAACGUGGCCUGGAGCGCUGGAACUUUGGUUGGCCCACUGUGGGCCGGAUUUGUAAAAGACGCGGCUGGAUGGGGUACUAUGACUUGGUCGCUAGGCCUGCUGAGUUUUGUGACAGCCUUCCCAACUGCCUACUAUACCAGCGGGAAGCUCAACUUCCGGACAGAUUUUAGGAUCGCAAAAAAGAAGCAAUCGGCCCAGGCAGACGGUUCUGGUAGUGAUUCGCCGGUCAGAAUUGAUACGGUGUGA